GACCCUUGUUUUGACUGACCGACGCAAAUUUUGGCAAUUUCUGUUCGCCGAGAAAUCUCAUCCCAGGUUUCGUCAUCUUCCUCCCUCCCAACGGUCCAAGCUUCUCUCUAAAUCUCUCUAUGCGUGUAUUGUUCCUGAGGUAAAUUGGGGCAGGGUCAGUUCGUGCGGGCCAAGAAGAAGAUCGGCGAUGGCAACGCAAUACUCUCACCGCUUCCUUCCGCUCCGGCGUCUUACAAUCGCGGUGAUUUUCGCCAUUCUCCUAUCGCCAACUGCGUCUGCCGAUGAUAUUUCGCAUGAUGGUUCCUCCCCCAAAUCUCCCUCUUGCAACAAUACACUCAGAUUGGUCAAGGUUAAGAUGUGGGUUAAUGGUGCUGAAGGUGAAGUUUUAGGUGGAUUAACUGCAAGGUUUGGUGGUGUUUUGCCCACUGAAGCUAAAGACAACCUCAGGUUGCCUGCUGUUUUUACAAAUCCCUUAAACGGCUGUUCCAGCUCUUCAUCAAAGUUAUCCGGAUCUAUUGCUUUGUCUAAGCGUGGUGAUUGUGAUUUCAUGACUAAGGCCGAUGUUGCACAAUCAGGAGGUGCAGCAGGCUUGUUAGUCAUCAAUGAAAAUGAAGAUCUUAUGGAGAUGUCUUGUGGUGAGGAUAAUGUUUCAAAAAUCACAAUUCCUGUUGUGAUGAUUUCAAAGUCAGGAGGAGAGAUUAUGGACAAAUCCUUGGCAAGUGGAGGAAGAGUGGAACUUUUGCUAUAUUCACCAAAUCGUCCAAUUAUUGACUUCUCGGUGGUAUUCUUAUGGAUGAUGUCUGUGGGGACGAUUAUUGCUGCUUCACUUUGGUCAGAGUUUACUGCAAGUGAGGAGGGUGAUGAGCGUUAUAAUGAACUCUCACCAAAGGGCUCUGCCACUGCUGGGACCACCCAAGAUGACGAGAAGGAAACCAUUGAUAUUACUGCAAAGAGUGCUGUAGUUUUCGUCAUAUCAGCAUCCACUUUUCUGGUCUUACUCUAUCUGUUCAUGUCGUCAUGGUUUGUCUGGCUGCUGAUAGUAUUUUUCUGUAUGGGUGGUGUUGAGGGAAUGCAUGCUUGUAUAUUAGCAUUGAUUUUAAGGAAAUGGAGAAACAGUGGGCAGAAGAAAGUGAAUUUGCCUUUUUUGGGGGAGGUGUCUAUUCUUUCACUUGCGGUCAUGGUAUUUUGCUUGCUAUUUGCAAUUAUUUGGGCUUCUAAGCGGAAGGAAUCAUAUUCAUGGAUUGGCCAAGAUAUUCUUGGUAUCUGCUUGAUGAUAACUAUCCUGCAGUUGGCUCGAUUGCCUAAUAUAAAGGUUGCAACAGUACUUCUUUGCUGUGCAUUUCUCUAUGACAUUUUCUGGGUCUUCCUAUCGCCAUUUAUAUUCCAUGACAGUGUUAUGAUUGCAGUUGCCCGUGGUGACAACAGUGGUGGAGAAUCCAUCCCAAUGCUUUUAAGGGUUCCUCGACUUUUUGAUCCUUGGGGUGGUUAUGAUAUGAUUGGUUUUGGAGAUAUUCUCUUCCCUGGUCUCCUUCUUUCAUUCGCUCAUAGGUUUGACAAAGCCAAUAAGAAGAGUUUGCUAAAAGGAUACUUCCUUUGGUUGGCAAUUGGCUAUGGGUCUGGCCUCUUUUUCACUUACCUAGGCUUGUAUCUUAUGGAUGGACACGGUCAACCUGCUCUCCUGUACCUUGUUCCAUGUACAUUAGGGGUUGCUACCGUCUUGGGGCUUAUCAGAGGCGAGCUGAAAGAACUUUGGAACUAUGGUCCAGAAUCAACCCAAUCUAGCGAACAUCCUGGAGAAGCUUGACGGUAAGAUCGGUUCCAUAUCUGAAGCCUAGAGGUGAGACAACGCUGAUUUGCAGAUACUGGAAGAGGGGCAAGACAGAAUUGUUGGCCUCGUGUAACAAGCUCAUGUCAAUACAGUGUAGGUCAGGGAUUUGUACUAUUGUACUAUUGAUGCAUUGCUCUGUUCUUGUUACUGAAUUGUUAUUAAAUGUUUUGACAUCCUUAACUUCCUCCUCUGUUUGGAUGUUGCAUAACACAGGAACUGCCUCUGUUAUGUAGUCAAGUCUUCCGCAAGCAAAUUUAGAGUCUAAUUUAUUCAUAUAACGAGAGCUAGCUUGCUUCUUGUUCA